AUGGAAUAUCGUUUUUUUUAUCCAAUUACUGAACAUCAAUAUAAUACAAAAUGGAAAACAAAAUCUUUUAUUGAAAGUCGAACAGAUAUUUAUUUUAUUUUAACUCCAUUAUCCGAUAAUUUUCAUAUUGAGCAUGGUUUAAAAUUACGAAAUAGAAAAAAACUUGAACUUAAAGUACGUGAACAACGUUUUGAAAAUGGACAAGAAUAUUGGAUAAAAAAAAUUCAUUCACAUAGAAGAAUUGAUAUAGAUGAUAUGAAAUCUAUUACAAAAUAUUUAACAAAAUCAAAUGAAAAUCAGCUUAUUGAUCGAUUAAACAAUUCUAAACCGCUUAUUUUAUGUUAUGUUAAUAAAAUUCGAGAACAAACACAUAUAGGUUCUGGUAUAACACAAGAAUUAACUGGUUUACAUUUACAAUUUAUUCGAGCUGAUGAUCAAUCACAAAUAGGUAGUGAUCUAUUUUUUGAAACAGCUUGUAUUGAACAAUCAACUUCAAAAUUAAUCGAUGAAAACAUAGUUGAAAGAUUAUGUUAUAAAUAUGGAGAUAUGUCAAUAAAUCCAAUGGGUUAUUCGGAAUUUUUAUAUCAACAAUAUCGACGAGCAGUCAUUGUAUAA